AUGCAUUCUUUGCACAACAUUCACAGCGUUAAUGUUCAGCACGCUGAGAAUCUCCAAGCUUUUAUAUUAAAUAUCUCUGCGUCGGACACAUCAGUCAGUGCCUCCCAACUGAAAAUUGGCACACCGCUAUUGCUUGUUCGAACAGGCGAGAUAUACUCCGACCGCAACUCUACCAGGGAUUCACCGGAUCAUGAUGCUGUUCCAGUUUCAAUUCACUUCGUUUUAUUUGAGUCCUCUCUCCAUUUCCUAUUCUUAUCGUUAGGCCGGACCAUCCUUCCGAUGGCCGCCUCUCAACCGCCUUUUUCAUACCGCCGCCUUAUCCACGACAAUCAGGCCCAGUUCGAGUCCCUUGUUCAAAAUGGCGAUGUAAAGCCCGUGCUCCUAUGGCAUCUGAUGUUACCCCUCGUGCUGUCCAUUCUAGCGCUCCUUGUCCCGCAGCAAAGAGGUGGCCGCUAUGUCCGUCCCCUGGUGCUGGCGUGCGUCAUAGGCAUCACCAGCAAUGUCCUCCAACAUCGACGCAUGCUCACAGGAGGCAAUGGCUACAUGGGCGGCCUUAUUCCCGUCUGGAGCACCAUCUGGUCCGCGACGAUUCUUCUCUUCCGCAAUGUUGAGCGCGACUUCAAACGCAUCGAGCGCCACCCAUUAUCAUCUACCAUGACUAUCUCAAACGGCGAUGCCGCCCUCAACGGCCAUGCUAAAGGACCAAAAUGCAUGGUCACUACCAACAACAGCAGCGCCGAACCUGUCUUAUGGCAACCAUACCCGCAGACGUUAUCCCACCGUCUCAACUGGGUCAUAAGUGUAGCCACCAGCAUGCGUGGGCCUGAAUGGAACUGGCGCAUCCCCACCAUGGGCGCCUUACCUGCCUCAGUCCAGGCACAGCUCAACAACUCCCCAGAGCAUCACAGCAAAGAAGAAAAAGCAACCACAACCACAAACACCAACCCAGAACUCAUCACCAUGCGUACUCGUCUCCGUGCCACACUCACCCUCUUCAUCCAAUCCUACCUCCUCCUCGACCUGAUCAAGCUCCUCAUGAUCCGCGACCAAUUCUUCAUGGGCAGCGUAUCUCCUCCUGCACCACCCCCCUUCCCCUUCCACCAUCUAACCCCCUACCCCAUCCUCAUCCACAUCUACCGCUGUCUAGUAACAGGCACCGGCGUCCUCGCCGCCCUUAACUACGUGACCUGCCUCAACCCCCUCAUCUUCGGCGGCCUCUCCCUCGCCUUCCCCAACGCCGCCAAAUCCCUCACCUCCGUCCCCCUCUCCGCUCCCUACCUCUACCCCCCAGCCUUCGGCCCCUUCUUCACCUCCAUCCUCGACCACAGUCUCGCCGGCUGCUGGAGCCUCUGGUGGCACCAGCUCUUCCGCUACGGCUUCAUCUCCGCCGCCCACUGGCUCCUCUCUCUCCUUCCCUCCCGUCUAUCAACUUCCCGCUCCGUCCGCCGUGUACUCACUGCCUUUGUCGCAUUCUCUCUCAGCGGUCUUGUCCAUGCCUCCGGCAGCUACGUCCAAAACCGCGAGACGUAUCCCUUUGCAGGCCCAUUCCGCUUCUUUGUUCUCCAGGCGGUGGGGGUUCUCGUUCAGGGGGUUAUUUCUCCGCUGUGGUUAUGGAUGCCGCGGCCGGCGAGGCGGGCUUGUAAUGCCGUGUUUGCAGUGUCUUGGCUGGUGGGGACGGCGGGAUCGCUGGUAGAAGACUUUUCAAGGGGCGGAUUGUGGUUCACGGAGCCGUUGCCGAUCAUAGAUGGUGAGAGUAGAUGA